UCGUGAGAAAAGAUUUGUGAUUGAAUUUGGAUGCUGGAAAUCUGUCUUGUAUUAGAAACCUAUCUUAUAACGGAGGACUUUAUAUGUAUCAAUUGUUAAUUAUCGUUUAAUUUUUAAUUUCGUAUUCUAUCUCGCAAAAGAUGCAAAUAAAGAAUUAAUUUCCGUAUGCGAAGUUAUAAGCCAAGAAGUAGAUUCCAAGUGCACAGUGUAUGCGAAUCACCUAGGUAACAGAUAAACAAGUGGAUUGUAGUCGUCGUCGAAUAUCAAUAUCAGUCCCCUUUCGAGUACGUCGUUCAUCCUCGAUAUGUCUGAGGACAUUGCGGGAAGCCUUCUCGCGCAGUAUUAUGGAAUUUUCGAUGGCCCGAGGACUGAAAAGUUUCCAUCGAUCCAGGAAUGCGUGGGCAGCGUAGAGCACGACUCGGACAAACUGAUCAACGAGCAAUCGACCGUGGAGACGAACGACGAUGACACGUCCAGGGAAACUGGGGUGCAGGAAAACGAUGUUGAGAAGGAGGAGGAGAAUUCCGAGGUUGAUUCUCCGGCGAGAUCCUCGCGAGUGUUGAAAUCAUUGGAAACUCUCGAAGACGGUGAAGAGACAUCGUUCGAAUUCGGUGUUCUUUUCGAAGCAAAUGCAGCGGGUAAUUUUCAUGAAAAUACGUGUACCUCCUCCGGCAGAGAGACACAUGAUCUUGUCACGUACAGUAAGACUGCCUCCACUACUCUAGGCCUGGAAGACAACGAAGGGAACGACUCGUAUCUCUCGCUUAGCGAAGAUCUACUGCCGGACAGUGCUUCAGACGUUUCUUCAAUAGCAGGGAAGAAAUCUACGAUUACGUUUGUUCCAUCUUUGAAGCGGCCGCCCAACAGGACUCCGUUGUACAACGAGACUUUCGUAGAUUUAACGUGCACCGGUCUUACGUCACUCCCUAUCGAAACGAUUGAGAAAUAUCCCGCGAUACAGAUGCUGUACCUGGAAGAUAACGAUCUCCCCGAGCUUCCCGAAAAGCUUUUCGUUUCCCUGCAACAUUUGCAGUGGCUGGACGUGCGGAACAAUCUAUUGACAAGUCUACCUACGAGCAUUAAAUCGCACCCGUCGCUAGAAACUAUCUUGUUGCAAGGAAACAAAAUCGAGAAAUUGCCACUAGAACUUUGCUUGGUGCCGAGGCUUAAAACCCUCAAUGUAGCACAUAAUCCCAUCACUACACCGCCAAAGAAUGUUGUAGCUCUUGGAUGUGCGAGUAUUCUCAGUUAUCUCCGGUCAGAAUGGAAUAAAUUGCACCCAGACGAGCCUGCGACGUUCGUGGAACAGAAGAUUGAACCGAAGGCAUCGACGAUCUUGUGUUAUCGGUCUCCGCGUGAAAAGCGAUGGAAAUUGUCAAAAGUUCCGCGACGAAUAUCGAAGAGUACAAACGACCUCGGCGGUUCAUUCAAAGGUUCUACGAUCGGGAGGAAAGGUAGAGCUUACAAGCCCAGCAACAGGUACAACAACCCGCAUAAUCAAGCUUUUCUCGAGAAUUUGGUAAACAGUAUCAGCGAGACGCGUAACAAUAGUGCAGCGGGUACUCUUUGCCCAUCGUGCGCACGAAAUUUUAAGGCUAUCCGAUGUGAGGACAAGAGUGAUAGGAAGGAGGACGAGAGUAACAAUGAGACGAGCUAUAAUCAGGACAAGAAAUGCGAUGGGCAGCGCGCAUUUUUAAAACUGGUAACUUCGUGCCACGAUGUCAAGAGAACUUGCAUCAAGGGAGAGAUCGCCGAGGUCGAUGCUAAAAUCCUGCAUCUAACCGGACCGUCGCCCAGAUCGUGUUACGUUAGACGAAACAUUAUGGAGUUGAUAACGUAUAAGCAUUAUCGCGAAAAGGAAUGUAGAAUUAAGACAAUCAGUAACGAGACGAAACAUAUCGCGCUCGCGAAGUCACGUUACUCUGCAGUGCCUGGCGAGGAAAAAAUGAAAUGUAGGAACGUGGAACAUCCGGAAUUGAUUUUCGAUAUUGUCACAAAAGACAUGCGGAGAAUGCAGUUGCGGCCGAUGCAGCUGAAAGACUCGCGCAGCAUAUUAUCGUGUCUGGAAAAUUAUCUCAAUAUCAAAAAAGCUGAUUAGAUCUUAAACUGUUUUCAUUAAUAAUAAUCAAAUGUCGACAAUUAAUGUUAGUUAAUGUAGAUAUAAAAUGUCGCACAACUUUAUGGAUGUCGUGGCAAAUUUGUUCGGAAAUUUAGAGAAAGGUCUAUGUAAAAUGAUUUACCUUUUUUAAUUUAUAAUUGCAUGUAAAAAAAAUUGCGAUCAAUCUUUGUACUUACAAUAGAUGCGAAGGUAAAGGUAC